AUGCGUUUAACAACUGCUGUUGCUGGAAUCAGCCUUGCUGGUUCCUUAGUAUCGGCCUCUUCUUCUCCCGAAGAGCUGGUCUUAAAGGCUCCUUCUGAUGGAGCUUCUCCUUUGAACUGGGCUACUUCUCCACCAUAUUACCCCAGUCCUUUCGCUCAACGUGCUAUUGACGAUCAAUGGGCUGCUGCAUUUGCCAAGGCAGAGGAGUUUGUUGGUCAAUUGACUUUGGCUGAAAAAGUUAACAUUACCUCUGGUAUUGGUUGGAUGAUGGGUCCCUGUCUUGGUAACACUGGUGAUGUUCCAAGAUUGAACUUCAGUGGUUUCUGUCUGCAGGACGGUCCAUUGGGUGUUAGAAGCACAGACUAUAUUAGUGCAUUCCCUGCUGCAUUGACGGCUGGUUCAUCUUUCAACAAGGAUCUUUUGUAUGAGCGUGCCAAAGCUCUUGCAUUGGAGCACAAGCACAAGGGUGUUGAUAUCCUUUUGGGACCCGUCGCUGGUCCUUUAGGAAGACAGGCUGCUGGUGGCCGUAACUGGGAAGGUUUUGGUGCCGAUUCCUAUUUCUCUGGUAUUGCUUGUGGUAUCACAGUCAAGGGUAUCCAAGACCAGGGUAUCAUUGCCAAUGCUAAGCAUUUCAUUGCCAAUGAGCAAGAGCAUUUCCGUCAAUACUCUGAGUGGAACCGCCACUGGGGAUACGAGGAUAUGACUGCCAUUCUCAGUUCCAACAUUGACGAUAGAACUUUGCACGAAGUUUACGCUUGGCCUUUUGCUGAUAUGAUCAAGGCCGGUGUUGGUUCCGUCAUGUGUUCUUAUAACCAAGUCAAUAACUCUCAAGCUUGUCAAAACUCUUAUUUAUUAAACAAUGUUCUUAAGGAGCAAUUGGGUUUCCCUGGUUUCGUUAUGUCUGACUGGGGUGCCUUCCACAGUGGUGUUGCUACCGUUCUUUCUGGUGGUGAUAUGAACAUGCCCGGUGGUAACAUUACUCCCAAUCCUCCAGAGGGUCCUGCUUACUUCAGUUCCAACUUGACUUUGUCUGUUUUGAAUGGUACCGUUCCAUCCUCUAGAUUGGAUGAUAUGGCUGUUCGUGUAAUGGCUGCUUACUACCUUGUCAACCUUGAUGAGACUAGAAAAGAGGUCGGUGGCCCAUCUUUCUCUUCUUGGACUCUUGACGAUAUCGACAACCUUUAUAAUGGUGAGGGACCCGUCGCUGUUGUUAACAAGCACAUCAAUGUCCGCACUGACUACUCUGACAAGAUUGCUGAGCAACUGGCUGUUGAGGGUAUUGUUUUGCUCAAGAACGUUGAUAACGCUUUGCCUCUUAAGACUGACGACAACAUCCGUGAUUUGUACUAUGAUGGCAAGGCUCUUCGUAAGAUUGGUGUUCUCGGUGUUGCUGCUGGUUCUCACCCCAACGGUCCCAACUGUCAAGAAGACAUGGCCUGUAGCGAUGGCGGUGUUAUGGCUUCUGGUUGGGGUUCUGGUGCUGUCAAGUUCCCCUUCUUGUACACUCCUAUCGAGGGUAUCAAUGCUAGAGCUAUUCCCGCUGGUAUUCAAGUUGAUUAUGAGACCAGAAACAAUGCUGUUGAAAACAAUUGGAAAGAGUUUGACAGAAUCUCCUCGGAGUCUGACGUUGUUAUCAUUGUUGCUGGUGCCUCUGCUGGUGAGUCUUUCUUGGAGGUCGAUGGUAAUAUUGGUGACCGUAAGAAUGUUUCUCUCUGGUACGGUGCUGAUGAGCAAAUCAAGAGAGCUUCUAAAUUGAACUCUAACGUUGUUGUUGUUAUCAACUCUGUUGGUCCUGUUGAUCUUGAGCAAUGGAUUGAGCACCCCAAUGUCACUGCUGUUUUGUUUUCUGGCCCUCAAGGUGAGUUUGCUGGUGAGGCCACUGCUCAAGUUUUGUUCGGAGAAGUCAAUCCUUCUGGUAGAUUGCCUUUCACUAUUGCCAAGGAUGAGAAGGACUACAUUCCUAUUCUUGAUACUUUGAUCCCUGAGGAUCACGGUGCUCCUCAGGAUAACUUCGAUGAGGGUCUUUAUGUCGAUUACAAGUACUUUGACCACCACGACAUCGAGCCUCGUUACGAGUUUGGAUAUGGUUUGUCCUACUCUAACUGGUCUUUCUCCAAGUUGAGCGUUAAGCUUGCUGGUAAGGAGAAGCCUUCUGAACACUUGCCUCCUCCACCUGCUCUUGCUCCCGUUCCUAACUACAAUGAGGCCAUCCCAUCUCCCGAAGAGCUUGUCUUUCCCAAGGACUUCCAAAAGUUCGACAAGUUCUUGUAUCCUUACAUUGAGAAUGUUUCUCAAGUUACUGAGGGUGAGUACCCCUAUCCCGAGGGAUACUCUACCGAGCAACCAGAGACCGCUUCUCUUGCCGGUGGUGCUCCUGGUGGUAACCCCGCCUUGUGGGAGGUCGCUUACACUGCCAAGGCUACUAUUAAGAACGAGGGCCCAUAUGGCGGUGCUUAUGUUGCUCAAUUGUACCUUGGUUUGCCUCAAACAGACGAGUUCCAAAGUCCCAUCCGUCAAUUGCGUGGAUUUGAGAAGAUCUCUCUUGAACCUGGUAAGUCUACUGUUGUGAACUUUGACUUGCUGGUUCGUGAUUUGAGUGUUUGGGACACUGCUUCUCAAUCGUGGAUCGUUCAACGUGGUACUUACACUGUCUACGUUGGAUCCAGUAGUAGAAACCUUGAACUCAAGACUACUUUUACCAUCUAA